AUGCUUAGUCUUCAGCUUGACACCGCGAAGCCGUAUGAGAUAUGGAGUCUCAUCGAUGUAAAACCGGUUACCGAUGAGAUGAAAGCUUUCUGGGAGCUUCUAGAAGUGAAUUUGGAGAUGGGUCCAAGUAUUAAUGAUUUAGUUGCAGCUUGUGGUGCAUGCGAUUCAUGGUCUCGGGUGGAUCGCAUUAGGUUGGGAUAUCUUUGCAUCUAUGCUGGUUACAUUGAAGGUAGGAGAGAAUCAACACCCACUCCGGAUAAGAUGGCUAGAUUAAUCAUGGAUUUAGAUGCUUUUGUGAACUAUUCGUGGGGACGAGUGGCUUUCAAGAACCUGUUAAAGUCUAUUAAGGAGAAAGACUUGACGAAGUCUUCUUAUGUGGUUGAGGGGUUUGUACAAGUUCUCCAAGUUUGGGUGUAUUGGGCUCUACCGGAUUUUGCAAAAGAGUUUGGUGAACUUGCACCAAAUUCACCAACUCCACUGUUGCUUGCUUUCAAAGGAUCAAGAGGCCAAAAUUUUUUUAAAGAAAAUAUGCUGAGACUGACCAAUGUAAGGAACUUUGUUGUGAAGAAUACUGUGGUUGAGAUGGUUCCUUUCUGGGAUGGUGAUGUGGCCGAUGCAAAGGUUGCUAACAUUGUUAGUGUAUCGUUUGAUAAAGGCUGGAAGUGGAAAAAUUGUCACUGGCCAGUUGUUGGUGUUAAUUUCGUCACGAAUCGGAAUGAAGGAUCAUGUACUAAGUAUAACAACAGAAGUCACGGAGAAAGCCGGAAGAGGACUCGUAGUGGUGAAGAAGAUCCGGUGUCAUUGAUAGGGAACCUUCAGAAACACAUUGAUGAUUGCUUUACGGACUUGUCAAGAUAA